AUGUGUGGAUGUGUGGAUGAUCCUCUCGACCUUUGCGGGGGAAACGGGUUGACAGGAGCGGACUCAACUUGGCACCCCGGCGAGAAGGAGAUGGUGUGUGGGAGAGAGAAGGACGAUCACUUCAACAAUUGGAGCGAACUGCGCGUUCUCCAUCUACAGUACACACCACACAAUAUUCAUCCGCCAUCUAAGCAUCCACCGUCUGCUCUGUCGCGGGUGAUUUUCAACUUAUAUUGUCACUGGAUGGAGAUUUGUUUAUAUCACCAGGUACGGGGAUUUGAGGAGUGA